AUGGCGCAUUACAAGGCCGCGGACUCCAAACGGGAGCAGUUCCGCCGGUACCUGGAGAAGUCGGGGGUGCUGGACACGCUCACCAAGGUGUUGGUAGCCUUAUAUGAAGAGCCAGAGAAACCAAAUAGUGCACUGGACUUUCUGAAGCAUCAUCUGGGAGCUUCAGCUCCUGAGAAUCCAGAAGUAGAGGCACUUCGCUUGGAAGUGGCAGAGAUGAAAGAAAAAUACGAAGCUGUGUUGGAAGAAAAUAAAAAACUGAAAACCAAGCUGGCUCAGUAUGAACCACCUCAAGACGAGAAGCAUGGUGAAUAACAGUAGUUUCUCCUUUAAUGCCUUGACUUAAUAAAGGGCUUCCUGAGAACUGCAGUCCUUUUUUUGUGUGU